AUGCUUGGGCUCUCGACGCGUCGGGUGCUUGGCUGCCGCCACCAGUUUCUGGUUGGGGCAUUGUCAAUACCUCGGCCUGCUGCUGCUGGUCUCAGCCGGCACCAUUUUCCUCUAUUCGACACCAUUCGUAGCCGGAAAUACGCUACAAACUCCAGCGAAGCGCCUGUCGAAUCGAAACCGCGCCAAUCUAUCCUCUCCCGCCUCUCCCCAAAGUCAGGAAACGUGUCGUCUUUCCGCAAGAUUGCUGCUCUUGCCAAACCCGAGAAAAAGCCACUGCUUAUGGCUGUCGGGCUCCUUGUGGUCUCCUCUUCCGUCUUCAUGAGCGUGCCGAUGACUGUCGGAAAGCUCAUUGACUUUUUCUCUUCCACCAACCCGCAAUUUCCGUUGGGCCUGUCUAUCUGGCAGACAUCCUCCAUACUCUUAGUGGCGUUUACGCUUGGCGCUGCUGCUAAUGGGGGGAGAGCUUGGCUCAUGAGAAUGGCUGGUCAGCGAAUCGUCGCACGGCUGCGUGAACGGACUUAUGCAGCCGCUUUGAAGCAGGAGGUUGAAUUUGUGGAAAAGGGAGAGGGUGAUGUGCUCAGCCGGCUCAGCGUCGACACAAGUAUAGUCGGAGAAAGCGUCACCCAGAAUCUCUCUGAUGGACUACGAGCGGUUGUAAUGUCCUCCGUUGGGCUUGGCGCCAUGUUUUACUUAUCCCCGAAACUGAGUACAAUAAGACCUCGCGCAUAUCUGCUCCAUACUGACUUGAAUUUAGCAAUGCUUAUGAUGGUGGUCGUUCCGCCUGUCUCAUUGGGCGCUGUCGUAUACGGCAGAUACCUCAAGAAACUCGCCAACCAGACGCAAGAAGCCGUUGGCGAGAUGACCAAGGUUGCCACCGAAUCGCUUUCCGCGCUGCGAACAGUCCAGGCGUAUAACGCAUACGAGCAAGAACGUUUGAAGUUUCACGACCGGAUCGAGCAUGUCCUUUCGCUUGCAAAGCGUGAGGCGACAGCCAGCUCCGCGUUCUUUGCGGGAACUGGCUGGAGCGGGAAUGUCACUUUCCUCUGUCUAUUGGGUUAUGGUGGAUCUCUGGUUUCUCGAGGAGAAAUAUCCGUUGGAGAUUUAACGAGUUUGCUGCUUUACACCAUAUAUGUCGGGAAUGGUCUUUCCAUGUUGUCGACCUUCUUUUCUUCCAUCAUGCGCGGCAUUGGCUCUGGCCAACGAAUCUUCGACCUGUUAGACCGAGACCCCGUUAUCCGAUCGGACACUGGCGUGGCGAUUUCUCCAGACCGGCGCGGCUUGCUCAAGUUCGAGAACAUUCAGUUUGAGUACCCCAGCCGGAAGGGCGUGGAGGUUUUGAAGAACUUUGAGCUCGAGGUCGCGGUUGGCGAAAGCGUUGCCAUUGUUGGUAAGAGCGGCGGAGGCAAAUCAUCGAUCCACUCGCUGCUCCUGCGGUACUACGACCCGGUUCAGGGCAAAAUCACGUUUGACGGACAAGAUAUUCGAGAAUUUUCGCUCGAGUCGUGGCGGAGCGUGAUUGGCGUUGUGCCCCAGGACCCGAUCCUCUUCACGGGAACUAUUGCUUCCAACAUCGCGUAUGGGAAUACGGAAGCGACGCGGGAGCAGAUUGAACAGGCCGCCCGGGACGCGAACUGCGAGUUUGUGUGGGGAAUGCCACAGGGCUUCGAUACGCCAAUUGGCCGGUUGAGCCUUUCUGGUGGACAGCGACAACGACUAGCGAUUGCCCGGGCUCUGCUGAAAAAGCCCGCGUUGCUUGCUCUUGACGAAGCUACCAGCAGUCUGGACGCAACAUCAGAACAUCGGGUCAACGACGCGAUUGACAAAAUUUUGCGGAAUCGCAACACGACGUGUUUAUUCGUUGCCCACCGCCUGUCGACGAUUGCGCGGGCUGAACGGAUAGUGGUACUGGAAGAUGGCCGGAUUGUGGAGACGGGAACAUACUACCAGCUUGUGUCGCGAGCAGACUCGCGUUUCCGGGCAUUGAUGGCUGCGCAAUUGAACGCGGCGGCGGGUGAGCGGAUAACGCUCGAUAGCGUAAUGAAAGACGAGGUUAUUGAGGAGGAGGAAAAGCCCGACCCUGAAUCAGAGGCCAAGCCAUGA